AUGGUGGAAGAGGCCCCUGUAUCGCUAUCGCCCCCGACCCUUCGCCCGGAGUCGCGUCCGACAAUUCGCGCCGUCCCUUCCAAUGACUCUCUCGCCGUGAGAUGUCCGCCUCCCAUCCGUUCUGUUUCACUGCCCACCAACAAUGCGCCGCCACCGGAACCCAAUGGUCGAUCGCUGAGUACGAGUGCCUCCCGGGGGUUCGACGAUCGUCCCGCCACGGCGCUCGCGGGGCAGGACAACGCCAGACACGAGGGGAGACUGAGACCUUUCACAUCCUCAGGCAAUGAAGGCCGGUCAAGAUUAUCCGAGGAUGGCCGGUUUGGCGAUACCGCUCCUUCUUUGCGCAGUGUCCCAAGUAUCGUUCUCAAUGACGGGAGCGCUCGUCCGAGCUCGCGCCCGGGGUCUCGACCAGGAUCGCGCUGGUCGGAGCGCAAAUGGGGCGGGUUGAGAAAGAGGUCGGCCGAAUUGGAACGGAAGAGGAGCAUGGAAGAGACCCCUCCGGUGCCCCAGAUUGAACCAUCCUUCAGUGGGAUCAGCUUGGACAUUCCUACGGCCUCCCUGACCGGAUUGGAUAAGACAAUGAAAUUCUCACACCGCGGCAGUCUCAUUAAAGACCAAUCGAAUCGACCGCGCCCUGGAAAACGGCUAGAGAGGCGCAUGGAAUCUCCCUCCGAGCAGGAACAGGAACCAGACCCCGAGCCGCAGUCGGAAGUCCAGUCAAUCCAACAAGAUGUCGAGAUAUCAUCCCCGACUCCGCGCCCUCAAAAACCACAGGGUACCCUCCGCCCCCGACAGACCAGUCUUCAGAGUAGAGCCAUCUCUGCCGACGAGGACAUGCUCUCCCGGAGAGUUCGAUUGAUGUAUGAUAGAGGAGAUGACAAAGUUACUGACUCCGACGUCGCAAAAUCAAUUGCCGUGGACAAUGGUGUUCUUUGGGAGGAGGGCGCUACUUCAGAUGCAGAAACCGCUUCUACCCCUGGACCUCAAGCACCGGAGCCCGAGUCUAAUGGUCGAGCCUCAGAAGAAGUGAAGCGGAUGAGAAUGAAACGCGAGACCCAGGAGCUUGCGGGUGGCAUUGAAUACUGGCAAAAUGUUGGCGCCGAAGACGUGGAUCGUUACGGCUUCAUUCAUGCACCACCAAAGAAUGGAGCCGCGCCUCAUCCAAUCCAAAGGGUCACCACCAGUCUCUUAAUUGCAUCUGAGUCACCGCGUCGGAAACGCUCCAUUCGGCCAUCGAGCAAUCGAUCUUCUAAUGCUCGGUCGCCUACCCGCAAUCUCUCUACGAGCUCUGCAACAGGUCGCCCAUCUUCCUCAGCUAGCACGAACAGUGCGCCGAUUCGGCGUUCAACAUCUCGUCUACGUUCCGCAACCAAUCAUCUACCCCACAACAGAGAUCGGAAAUUCACGGACGAGGCCGCCGAUAUGCUCACUGUUCCAGACGGACAUGCUGGCGAGGGACAAGACGCAGCUGCCGCGCGUGCGAUGCGCAGGAAGGAGUGGGAACGUGAGGAUAAGUGGACCAAAAUGGCCAAACCUACGAAAAAAGGUCGAGAUGGCGGGGGCAUGAAAUUCGAAUUUGAUACGCAGAGCAGCAAACUCAUCGAGCGAACAUGGAAGGGCAUCCCGGACCGUUGGCGCGGGACGGCUUGGUAUUCGUUCCUUGAGGCGAGUGCGAAGCGACAUCCCAAUAGUCCAUCCGAGGAAGAGCUCAUCGAUGGGUUCCAUGAAUUGCAAUAUGUCUCUUCACCAGAUGAUGUUCAGAUCGAUAUCGACGUGCCACGUACCAUCAGUAGCCACAUCAUGUUUCGUCGACGAUACCGUGGUGGGCAAAGGCUUCUGUUCCGUGUGCUUCAUGCCAUGUCAUUAUAUUAUCCCGAUACCGGUUAUGUGCAAGGUAUGGCAGCUCUUGCAGCUACCCUCUUGGCGUAUUACGACGAGGAGCAUGCUUUUGUCAUGCUGGCGCGGCUCUGGCAACUUCGCGGCCUGGAACAACUUUAUAAAUCUGGAUUUGCGGGGCUUAUGGAGGCGUUGGAAGAUUUUGAACGGGAAUGGCUGGCUGGUGGUGAGGUGGCCUCAAAGCUGAACGAAGUGGGAAUUCCACCCACAGCCUAUGGUACCAAAUGGUACCUAACCCUCUUCAACUACUCGAUCCCCUUCCCAGCCCAGCUCCGUGUCUGGGAUGUCUUUAUGCUCCUUGGCGAUGCUGAGGACCCCCCAGGCCGACCUGCCACCGCUUCUGCAAAAGGCCCAAAGAAAGACCCAGGCACCUUUGGCCAGGGCCUGGACGUGCUCCAUGCCACAUCUGCUGCUCUCAUAGAUGGCAUGCGUGAUAUAAUUCUGGAAUCCGAUUUUGAGAACAUAAUGAAAGUUCUGACUAGUUGGGUUCCCAUUAAAGACAUCGAACUCUUCAUGAGGGUCGCCAAGGCCGAAUGGAAAGUCCAUCGCCGCCGAAAAUUGCCCGCCCAUUGA